AUCUCCGGAUCCCCGCCAACGCGAACCAACAAGUACCUUGUUUUCUCUCUUGUUCGACUUUCACACCAAUACAAACCCCUUCCUCUCUCUGCCCACAGUGCUACGCUACAUACGCUAUCCGUACAUGGUAUAGAGAGCACAGCACACACACGCCGCCGUCAACCGUCAACAGUUUGUCAGGACAGGAACGACACAGACUCGGCCACAGGCACAGGCACACUUGAGGGACUGGACUGACUGACUGACUGGACUGCCGUCGUUCAAACACUAGUUUCUCCUCCCAUUCAUUGUGUGUCGUGUUGCGCCGCGCGCCCUCCGGAUACCAGCCCCUCCAUACUCAUACACACGCAACAGCACAUUCACACCCCAGCCCAACAUAAACUGGCCCCUCCGUUUCCCUCACUCAACUCACGCAACUGCUUGCUUGCUUGCUUGUACCUCACCGCUAUAACCUACUACUCCUUGCUCUCCCCUAAUCCUUCUUCUCGUCUCCUCUCCCAUAGUCCCCGUCCACUGCCUCCAGUCCGCGUCGCGUUGCGCUGGCCCAAUCAACUGGACAUCGACCAGGGCCAGAGACCUGGACCGGGACUUGCGACUGGGCAUAGCUACUCCUCCGAGUCGCCAUAGCUUAUGCAUGGCCGCCACUUGAUCCUCCUUUUCCUUCUCUCACUCCCUCCUCUCGGAUCUGGCCUGCCUAUUUUCGCUUCGUCUCUUGUUUUAUAUACAAGCAGUUAUGUCCACAUGAAAAUAGGUAUCAACCAUGGAUCCUCCGGGGCAGCCUGAUAACAAACGCCCCCGUCUGUCGAGUACCAACUCGUGGUCAUCGCAGCAUCAACAACUACCACCACUUCACCACCCGGCGGCGCCGCCGCCGCCUCCUCCGUCCUCCUCGCAUCCGUCGACCCCGCACCAGGCCCAUACUCUGCCGCCUCAUCAUCCCUCACAGCAGCAGCCCGCGUCGUAUAACAACUACCAGCCGCAGCCGCCCUAUCCUCCUCGUUCCAUCGAACCUCACCACCCUUCUCACGCGGCGCCCCAACAUCACCACACCGACGACCGACGACACCAUGACCAAGAGCCUUCCUAUGCGCCGAUGCAGGAUCACCACCGACACCUGCCCUCGCCUGCUUACCCUCACUACCCCUCCUUCCCUAAAAAUAGUGACUCCGGCAACGUGAAGAGGGAGCCGCACGAAGAGACUCUCACCCAUCCGCGACGCCCGCACUCGGCUGGCGGCGGCGCCUCGUCAAGCGGCCUACCUUCCCCGCCGCACUCGGCGCCGCCUGACCCUUCUCACCAAUCCUACGACGACGACUCGAGACGACACAAUGGGCCUCGGCAGGUGCCUCCUACGCCGGGGGGCUACCGAGGCAUCUUCCCCCCUCCGCCCAUGGGCCAGUCCCAGGCGCCGCCCCCGCCGCCGCCUCCUCCUCCUCCCCAGCACUACGAGCAACCGUCUCAGUGCCAGGCUCCUUCAAUACCCAUCUAUCAAUACUCAUCCGCCACGAGGCGUAAGGCGACACGAGCCUCCCAGGCUUGCGAUAGUUGUCGACAGCUUAAGGCGAAAUGUGAUGAAACCGAGCCUUGCAAAAGUUGCAGAGGAAAAGGUGUCGAGUGUAAAUACCGCGACCCCAUUCCAAAGGCGAUCGACAAGGGACAGACCGACAUCCUCGAGGCCAUCUUUGAGAUGAAAUACGCCCUGGAGGGCAAGUUCGAGACCCAGAUCGAUGCCCAGAAGCGGUGGAUGAAUAAGAUGGAAAACACGCUCAAGAUGCACAACAUCAAGAUCGAACCCGAGAUGCAGCCGGCAGACCACUCGCCUAUCCAUCAGAAGUCCAUCGUAAAGCCGCCAUCGCCGGUCGCCGCCGCUGACGCCGACGCUGCCACGACGCCCAUGCUCGAGAGAUAUCCCCCGCCCGCGCUCGAUGUGGAUAUGGACGAGCCGCAGCCCAUGGCCAUGGGCGAGACGGACCUGCCCCAGUCGAUGCACAAUGCCGAGGACCCCGAUGAACAUUUGCCGCCAGGAGAAGCCGUGGCACCGGGCAAGCCGUCCAUCCCCGUCAAUCACACCACCCGAGCCGACAUGCUUCUGUCGUGGCCGGGCAUCAAGGAGAUGACCCAGGGCAUCUUGGAGAGGGAGGGCGUCAGGUAUUCCCAGGAGUAUCCCAUCGCGCAGGAGGAGAAGCGUGGAGUCUUGCGCCUGUACGGCCGAGGCGAGGGCAGCGGCCAGGAACAGACCCCCAGUACUAGUGCUACGGGCUCUGCUGCAGCCGCCGCCGCCGAGGCGUUUGGCACCGUCGACGCUAUCGACGACAACUUCUCCGAGACGGGUAACUCGCCCUCGCUGGGGAAGGCCUGGGGUCGGGUCGGAGGACUCAGCCCGCCCACGAUCGUCGGAUGCACCAGCGGCACCCUCGUCGGCGACGGCCAUCCAGACUUCUCCGAAGAGACGGUCAAGUCGUACGUGCACAGCUUCGAGAAGCACAUUCUCAGCCUGCACCCCAUCCUGCCUCUCGGCGACCUGAGGUGCCAGGCCCAGCGCUUCUUGGACAGUCUCGUGCAGACGAAGCUUUCCGCUCCUAGCGUCGCCAAGUUCGUGCCGCCGGCAAACCUCUCGGAAACGGCAAGCAAGGGGAAGCGCUCACCCGCAGACGACCAGCCCAACGAGCCUGCCCCGCUGCCUAGGAAGCCCGGCCGGCCGUGCAGGACCAUCGAGAGCGCCCUCGUCUUGGUCAUACUCGCCCUCGGCAAGAUCUGCCAGCACGAAUCCAAAAUCCCCGACCUGCCUCGAGACACCAUCGAGCACGUCCACAACUCGCAGGCCAACCGGAACGGCUACCCGUCCUCCACCGGCGCGCAGGCAUCGCCCCUUUCCUACUCGGCGCACUCGCGCUUCUCGGGGCUGCUUUCCCUCAAGGAACAGAAAAACAACCUGCCAAGCCGCCGGCAAUCCAUACAUAGCAGCGGCGUCCUCAAGACGGGUCAGUCCCUGAGACGUAACUACGACAUCAUCCCGGGGCUGGAGUACUUUGCCUACGCUUCCGACAUCAUGGGCAACCAUAUGGCCGGAUGGACCAUGAAGCACGCGCACACCUUUAUCUUUGCCGGUCUGUACUACGGCCAGCUGGGCCGGGUUUUGGAGAGCGACGCCAUGUUCCUUAACGCCGCCCGAGCACUGAACAUGAUAAUGCGCCGUGACAUGAACCGCUUCUUCAAGAUGGGGGUGUACAACCCCCCGAAAAAGAAGCAAGACAACCUUAUUCUCCUCGCGUUCUGGAGCUGCCUGCAGUUGGAAAACGAUAUCAUUGCGGAACUUGAACUCCCACGGUCAAGGUGUCAGGACUAUGAAGAACAGAUGCCCUGGCCCAACAUGGCGCUCAUGGAACUCGACUUCUCGGUCCGCGUCCGCAACUCUUACAUCGGGCAGCUGUACCUGCGCAAGACGCUCAACUCCAUCCACACGUUGCUGUACGAUCCCAAAGGACAACAUGUAUCGGUGUACGAUAAGAUGAAAAAGGUCCAGGCCCUGGAACAGCAACUGCGAAGUAUGACGUGGGUUUCAAAUGAUUUUAGGUUCAAAGAGGAAGACCCCCCAGCAACCGACCUGCUUGACGCGAGACUGCGCGCCAAGUACUGGGGCGCCCGGGUCAUCAUCUACCGGCCCUUCAUCAGGUUCAUCCUGGAGGUCUCGGAGGGGCUCAAGCAACGAGUCGACGACUUGCGCAUGCUGAACAAGGAGAACGUCGGCGCCAUUGGUGUUUUUAACCCGCACGAUGCCUCCGCGCUCGUGGGUCACGGCUCUCACGACAUCCGCGGACACGACGAGCUCGACCCGGAAGUAAAGUCGUGGGCCGAGAGAGGUAUCAAUGCUCUUAUCCAGAGCACCCGGGCGUUCCACGGCGUCGACAGCAAGCGGCUCCUUGUGACCAACAUCUUUGGCACAGCACAUGCGCAAUGGGGCAACCUCUUGAUCUUGGCCGCCGCUUACAAAGACCCUUACCUCCACCACUUCAUAGAACGGACGCAGCUUCAGGAACUCUUCAGGAAGACCAUCGACAUGCUCAACAGGCACGCCCAGCCCUCCAGCGCGCUGACUAUCGACAUGCACAUCCUGCAGCACAUUGGGAAGGAGCUCUUCAACGAGCUCGGCCAGAAUGACGGGCCCAACGCCGCCUCCGCUGGCAGUUCACCAUAGCCAGGGCCCGAUGUCCAUGGCCUGGCCUCGGUGUUUGCAUGGCGUCAUGCCCACCAAUCUUGCUAGUGCUGUGGAUUGUGACCUACCCACAGCCCUAUAAACUUCCAGCCUUUAGUUUCCUUGGUAUCUUGCGUGUAGAUGAUAACUCCAGAUCGGCGUGCACCCUAUAUUUCGUGACUCUUACGCUCCAACAUGGUUUUGCUCUCUAUCGGACGUCAAGCGGCGGGUGUCGAUCAACCUGGUUAAGACUGAUGCAUACGUUUCCGCGUUGGUGGUAAUACAAGAGGUCUAAAUUACCACUCCACACAGCCCUCAUGUCAGCUGUUCCGGUCAGACAGAGCAAGCAAUGAACUGCAAAUAUAGGUGCAAAUGCCCAUGUAACUACAGUUGACACUAAGGCUUUGUGCUUUGGCAGGGAAGCAGCCUACCG